GCUCCCCGCGUCUUUGUGCCACUCGGCGCCGCCGCCCACUCUCCCCCCGCGGGCCGUGCGCCCCGGCUGGAGGGAGGGCGGGAAUAAAGGGCACCUCCGGGCGGGGCGGCGGACGCGCAGCGCGGACACCCGGCCCCGGACCGCGGACCUAGGCGCGGCGCGCGGAGCCCCGCCCGUGGCCGAGCAGGAGCGGCGGCCCCAGGGCCCCUGCCGCGCGGGACCAGUGAAAAUGCCCUAAACCACUGCAUUGCUGGUAGACACGGCAGAUACUAUGGGCUAUGGGCUGAGGUCUGCAGGGACCCCAGUGCCAGAGAUCUUCUCCCACUACUCCAGAUGGGCAGCCUGCCAUGAGAGGGAGGGCCAGCUGAGCACAUCAGGACACCAGGAUUUGGCCAGAAGACCGUUCCUCUCCUCCCAUCAGGGCUUUUCAGAGACUGCUCUGCCAUGACCACAGCGCGGUGCCGGCCCACCUGGGACCUGGCCCUGGACCCGCUGGUGUCCUGCAAGCUGUGUCUCGGGGAGUACCCAGUGGAGCAGAUGACGACCAUCGCCCAGUGCCAAUGCAUCUUCUGUACCCUGUGCCUGAAACAGUAUGUGGAACUCUUGAUCAAAGAAGGAUUAGAAACUGCAAUUAGCUGCCCUGAUGCUGCCUGCCCCAAACAGGGCCACCUACAGGAGAACGAGAUUGAGUGUAUGGUUGCAGCUGAAAUCAUGCAAAGAUACAAAAAGCUACAGUUUGAAAGAGAGGUGCUCCUGGACCCCUGUCGGACUUGGUGCCCGGCGUCCACCUGCCAGGCUGUGUGCCAGCUCCAGGAGAUGGGGCUGCAGACCCCGCAGCUAGUGCAGUGCAAAGCCUGCGACGCGGAAUUCUGCUCUGCCUGCAAAGCCAGCUGGCACCCUGGCCAGGGCUGCCCGGAGACCGUGCCCAUCACCUUCCUUCCCGGGGAGACCAGCAGCUCCGCCUUCCCACUGGAGGAGGACGACGCGCCCAUCAAACGCUGCCCCAAGUGCAAGGUCUACAUCGAGCGGGACGAAGGGUGCGCACAGAUGAUGUGUAAGAGCUGCAAGCACGCCUUCUGCUGGUACUGCCUCGAGUCCCUGGACGAUGACUUCCUCCUGAUCCAUUACGAUAAAGGGCCCUGCAGGAACAAGCUGGGCCAUUCCAGGGCAUCUGUCAUCUGGCAUCGGACACAGGUUGUGGGCAUUUUUGCUGGAUUUGGGCUCCUGCUCUUGGUGGCCUCGCCUUUCCUGCUCCUGGCCACUCCAUUUGUACUUUGCUGCAAGUGCAAGUGCAGUAAAGGCGACGACGACCCCCUACCCACCUAGAGGAAGGCGUGAUGCUGGAACAAGACCCCACCUCCGGGAAGCGUGGUUCUCUCCCAUCCCCACCCCGCCGUCCCCCUCUCACUAAACAUCUUUCUUGCCUUAUGUGCCCCAUUGAGCUUCACAGUGUCACGCCGGAUGCCGUGAUUUCAGGGACUGAUAUCAGAUCGUUGGCGGAGGCCCCAGGUGCUGUCACCCCGGCAUGGGGGAGGCAAGGCUGGCAUGGGUGGGGCACGUCCCACGGAGUCGGUCUCUGCAGACUUGACAAGGGAGCUGCUGUAUGGAGCACCAAGUAGUGGUAGACUAGGAACGUCUGGUGUUGCUUAGGAGACCUUCUCUCGCAGAAUGUUGUCCGUCUCCUCCUUGGCUUCAAGCUGGCGCCACGUUGCUGAGAGAAGAAGUCUUUUAAGGAUCGCCUCUCACUUCAGACAGAAUCCAAGUGUUCUGACUUGAGAAAAGCACUCUGUUUAUGACAACUCUUUUUAUUACUAAUGGCAUUUAGUAAAAUCCUUUUUAGAAGGUUUUUUUUUUUUUUUCCAACUGAGUAGUGAAAAAUCAACAAGGUGCAUUGAAACCAUCCUAUGCCUUUUCUUGAAAUGUGCAUUUUAAGAAGUUAUGGUUAAAUGACCUUUCUGGCUCGGCCACUUUUCAGGAGAUUUAGAAAGCCUUAUGCGCGCUUUGUGUUUUUCUUGAAACUUGUGGAGACUUUUUGGAUGCUGUAAGCUGUGUACUGUUAUCAACGUGUUUCCUGUAUCGUUGCAUUUCUUUGAAAAUACUGAUGCAUUUGAAGGAACAUGUCCAUCCUUAGGUUUGCCUUUUGUUUUUCUCUCUCUGGUGAUUCAGCUCAGCUCACAGGGCUCCUCUCUUUUCACCCAAGUAUCAGUAAAUAUUUUUUCAUGUCUUCGGAAACCAAAUGUUUUACUUGGAAAUAGUUCUGCUGAGAAUCCCUGUGGUUUGGCCGUAGCCUCAGUCUCCUCAAGCAGACAAAAACCAAGCAAAUAGUGACCUUGAUGCCCAGAAGGGGGGCCUCCUAUCAGGGCUGGGGGGCUCCCAGGGCCUGGGGGAGAAGCUUCCGGAGGUUCACAGUUUUUGUAAUGACUAAGUUAAUUUGGAGAAAUCAUCUUAGUUCCAAAUCCUGUUGCUUACCAUUUUGCUUACCCUGCUGAAAAAAAUCUUCCAUUUCACUUAGUUAUUUUGAUUGGUCUUUUACAGGCUGUGUGUGUCUAUUACCAUGGCAGCAGGAUGCCCGGAUCAGUAAGACACACGGAACUCCAUCAAUUGCCUUUGGACAGUGUGUUCUUUACAGAAAGUUGACUUUAAUAAUGGCUUUUAAAGGGCAAACUGAUUGCAUCCAACUUGGGACUUCUAAACAUAGUAGAAAGGCAAAUGUAGAUUUAUCAUGGUGGAACUUUUUAAAAGCUUACUAAGCAUUCCACAAAGGAGUAAAAUGAAAACAAAACCUGACUUUUAUCUCAGUUGUUUGCUUGUGGCAAGCACAUUUGUAAAGUGUGGUGGUGUUUUACAUCCUUGACUUCUGCGUUUGUGUACCUGUCUCAGGUCCUGGUUUACCUUCCCGUAGAGAAAUGUCUUUAUUUCCUAACAUUUCAUCAGUUAGGAGACACAGGCUCACCUCACUCUUCCCCUCUAGUAUUGAUUUUCUUUUUGAAACUGAAGACAUUUAGGAGCCCAGUUUGUGUCAACAUUACAUGCAAAAUAUCCUCCUUAUAAUUGCAGUUUGAAAACUCAGUAACAAUAAGAACAUGCCUGGGACCGUCUUUCUGGAUGAAGCCUGGGCACCAGGUCUCUGUAGCUUGAGAUGUUUUGAUUGGGCCCGGAGGUAGAAUGGCUUUUCUGGAGAGAGUGACAACUUCAUGAGGCCUGAAGAUGAGAUUGGUGGCCCAGGCGUGAGACGGCAUCGUGAUCUGUGAGUGCGCUUUAAAAUUCGUAUGGAAUACAGCAGGCUCGUGGCCCGUGUCCAGUGGUCCACGGAGCAGGUCUUCAUCAUCCCCGGUCAUCCUGCCUGUGCUCGCUACUGCCCGUUGCAUACAGACGUCCAUACAGUAGUACCCCCUCCUUUGGGGUGGGAACCAGAGCCUUUGGAAAGGUUGCAUUCCCUGGGUCAGCGCUCAGGUCCCUUUAUUCCUAGCGAGUCGGGCUAUCUUGUCUCUCCUAGAGGAGUCCAUGGGCAAAUCAUGCACAUCCAGAGCACCAAACAUCCCUGUGCCUUUACCUCUGACAGGCUCAUAGCACGUGGUUUGACCCAGGUGGGGAACACUGGAGAUUCUGGGGCCGGCCGGGGCCAAAGAAACACCUACUUGCUCUGAGUUUUUGCAUCAAGCAUGCCUCAGAGUGCUGUCUGAUUCAGUAAAAACAAAACUAAAACUGUCUACUCCCUAGAAAGAUACCAGCGGGAUCGCACUGAGAUCCUUACAUAGACUUGCAUCGCCCCCAUCUGACUCCUUUUCUUUCAGGGAGGAAUGCCAUCCCAUUGUUUGUGGGGAUGCAGUAUGAACCAGGCUUGAUGUCAGAUGUAAACAGGAUGUGGGAAGGUGGCCCGCGGUUUGGGUUUUGACCUUUCUGUCCCUCCCAGUAAAACCUGGGGAUUCGAUGCUUAGGAGGUGGUCUUGAUUAAAAAUGACUGACUCUGGAA